AUGGCCACAAACCCCGGCCUCUUCAGCGAGUGGCCAUGGAAGAUGCUCGGCAGCUUCAAGUACGUGGUGCUGGCGCCAUGGGUGGCGCACGGCAUCCAGCAGGUGGCGACCAAGGGGUGGCGCGAGGCCGAUCUGGGGUACCUGGUGAUCCUCCCGUCGAUGAUUCUCCGGGGGCUCCACAACCAGGCCUGGAUCACGGUGUCCCGCCUCCAGAACGCGCGCGGCAAGCGGCAGAUCGUCGACCGCGGCAUCGAGUUCGAGCAGAUCGACCGCGAGCGCAACUGGGACGACCAGAUCAUCCUGAGCGCCAUCCUCUUGUUCCUGGGCGCGCUGCACCUGCCGGGCGGGCAGAACCUGCCGCUGUGGAGGACGGACGGCGCGGUGCUGCUGGCGCUGCUGCACGCCGGCCCGGUGGAGUUCCUCUACUACUGGUUCCACCGCGCGCUGCACCACCACUUCCUCUACACGCGCUACCACUCGCACCACCACGCCUCCAUCGUCACCGAGCCCAUCACAUCCGUGAUUCAUCCAUUUGCCGAGCUCGUGGCCUACGAACUGCUCUUCUCGAUCCCGAUGAUCGCCUGCGUUCUGACAGGAACUGCUUCCAUCAUGACGUUUGAGCUCUACAUGCUCUACAUCGACUUCAUGAACAACAUGGGCCACUGCAACUUCGAGCUGGUGCCCACCUGGCUCUUCACAUGGUUCCCUCCGCUCAAAUAUCUCAUGUACACACCAUCGUUUCACUCUCUCCACCACACUCAGUUCCGGACGAACUACUCUCUUUUCAUGCCGUUCUACGACUACAUAUACAACACGAUGGACAAGUCGUCAGACACGCUGCAUGAGAAAUCGAUCGAGAGCAAGGAGGAGGCCGUAGAUGUGGUUCACCUCACCCACCUCACCAGCCUGCAGUCCAUCUACCACAUGAGGCCCGGGUUCGCCGAGUUCGCCGCCAAGCCGUACGCCUCAAAGUGGUACAUGCGGAUCAUGUGGCCUCUGUCCUGGCUCUCCAUGGUGCUCACGUGGGCGUACGGUUCUUGGUUCACCGUUGAGAGGAAUGUCAUGGAGAAACUCAAAAUCCAGUCUUGGGCCAUACCAAGAUACAAUUUCCAUUAUGGAUUGAACUGGGAGAAGGAAGCAAUUAAUAACCUGAUUGUGAAGGCAAUAUGUGAAGCUGACAAGAAGGGGGCUAAAGUUGUUAGCCUUGGACUCCUGAAUCAGGCCCAGAGCCUCAACGGAAGCGGAGAGCUUUAUCUACAAAAGUACCCAAAGUUGGGGUUGAAACUGGUGGAUGGAACCAGUCUAGCUGCUGCAGUGGUUGUCAAUAGUAUUCCCCAUGGCGCGGACCAAGUUGUUCUUUCAGGAAACAUUUCCAAGGUGGCCUGUGCUGUGGCUGCAGCUCUAUGCAAGAAAAAUAUCAAGGUGAUAAUAACAAACAAGCAAGACUAUCAUUUCCUUCAGCCCAAAAUACCAGAAGAUGCAGCUGACAACCUUUUACUGUCGAAAACCGGUAUGGCCAAGGUGUGGAUAAUCGGAGAAGGCGCAGAUGCCACCGAACAGCUCAGGGCGCCGAAAGGAACACGGUUCAUCCCGUACUCACAGUUCCCACCAAGAAUGGCGCGCAAGGACGGCUGCACAUACUCGACGACUCCGGCGAUGAGCGUGCCUAAAACACUGCAGAAUGUUCAUUCGUGCGAGAACUGGCUGCCGAGGAGGGUGAUGAGCGCGUGGCGCGUCGCGGGGAUCGUUCAUGCGUUGGAGGGAUGGGACGAGCAUGAGUGCGGGGACACGGUGCUCGACAUGGACAAAGUUUGGUCUGCCGCACUUCUGCAUGGCUUUCGCCCCGUUGCUGAAGCUUGA